ACGAGCCUCUCCGCCCUCGUCACCAUUAUCAGGGACCGUCCCCUGCCGCUUGUCGGCCUUCUCUUGUGGACACGGAGUGCGGGGACUUACCUCCUUCCCUUCUCGGCACGAAGCGGCAUGGGAGGGGCGGUAUCAGUGGACGAGACGGUCCACGUCGUGGUGGUCGGUGGCGGCUUUGGAGGGAUUGCGGCAGGAAACCAGCUGAAGUCGUACAAGAUUCCGUUCACGUUGAUUGACGUAAAAGAUGCCUUCCACCACAAUCCCGGCGCCCUCCGCGCGUCGGUGGAAAGUGGAUUUGCGAAGAAAACAUUUAUUUCAUUCAAAGAGACAUUUGGAGAGAACUUCAAGCAAGGUUGUGUCAUCAAUAUUGAUUUGGAAAAUCAAGAAGUAAUUUUGGAGAGUAGGGAGGCUGUGCAGUUUUCACACCUUAUUUUGGGCACCGGAAGCUCUGGCCCCUUCCCUGGAAAAUUCAGUGACCCAGUUCCAAUGGAAGAAGCCAUCCAGAUGUAUGAAGAUUUUGUAGCAAAGAUUCGGGCAGCUCCACGAAUCGCUGUAGUCGGAGGUGGGUCAGCUGGUGUGGAAAUGGCAGCAGAACUCAAAACUGAUUAUCCUGACAAAGAGGUGACUUUGAUUCAUUCCAAGAUUCCUCUGGCUGAUGUUCAGCUCUUGCCAAGUGUGAGGCAAGGGUUGAAAGAUAUCCUCUUGAAGAAAGGAGUUCAGCUUCAAUUAGGACAGAAAGUCACUAACCUGCAUGAUCUUGCAGUGAAUGAAGUGCAGUCUGACAUGAAAAUAUUGACUGACAAAGGUGAGGAAAUCACAGUGGACAUGGUCAUCUGUUGUACAGGUAUAAGGAUCAACUCUUCAGCAUACUCAAAGGCUUUUGGCGAUCAGCUUGCUGAGGACGGUGCCUUGCAUGUCAACAAGCAUCUGCAAGUCAGCGGGAUGGAAAACGUUUAUGCAAUAGGUGAUUGUGCCGAUGUCAAAGAGCCUAAAAUGGCCUAUCAUGCGGGACUACACGCAGCCGUGGCUGUGGAUAACAUUGUCCGGAGCCUGACAAAAAAGCCCCUGAAAACUUACCAACCAGGUCCCCUCACCAUGCUCUUAUCCAUGGGACGCAAUGAUGGGAUCGGUCAGAUUGUUGGAUUCCAAGUUGGAAAGCUUGUUGUCGUGCCAGCCAAAAGCAAGGAUAUGCUGGUUUGGAAAAGCUGGAAAGAAAUGGGUCAGACAGCACCUCCCUGAGCCCCGAGUUCCAGCCUGCUGCCUUCCCAACACAGGGAUGUGCCUUAUGCUGGUUCUUCAGUGGAUGAACUAGGAAAAAUGGUAACUGCCACAGGUGUUUACAACACAAUAACUGACACAAAAACUAUCCCAACAGCUGGCUUUGUAUGUGGGUAAAAAGCCAACCCCCAUCUUGCUCAUCAUGUCAAAGUUACUUUAAAAUAUUAACCAAUAAAUGGAAUUUUGACUUUUGCUAAAUAAUGGUAUAAACUAUUAAUAAAUUAAAACUAUUAAUUUUUUUCAAAACAGGAUGUCAGCUGUGAGUUGGUUAUUCGAUGUUUCCAUGCAGAAUAGGCCAUUUGGAGAAUUGAGUCUCAUCAGACACAAACCUGCUUUGUAAAUGACUUGUUGCAUGAUGAAUAAAUACCGAACGUGUA